AUCCACCCCAUCCCCACCCCAUCCCUAGGGUUUUAGCCCGCCCCCAUUCCGCCCCGCCCCCACCCACCGCCAUUCUGGUCGGGUUCGCUCCCCUCUCCCCCUCCCCCUCCCCCCUCCCACCGCCGUCGCCGGCGCAGAUCCCGCCGCGCGCCACCCCUCCGGCACCGCCGCCCCCGACACCCUCCCACACCCUCGGCGAACCCCGCUCCGCUCCUCCGUCCAUUCCUCCCGGAAAGAUCGGGUCUUGACGCCAACCUCUCGCGCCCCGGCCGUCCUCCCCGUCUCCGGCAAGCGGUUCCCCCCGUUCAUCCGGCAAGAUCCCGGCCCGCUCCUCGAUCUGAUCUCGCCUCGGUCCGCGGGAGGGAGGAUAGCUGCUCCGGCGCGAGGGUUCGGGGGUUGGUAGAGGAGAUCUCUGUUGCCGCGAUCCCCGCCUCCCUCCAUUGCUUGAAGCUGCGCCGCCUGCUAAGUAAGGGUGGGUGGGCUAGCUCUGUCUGGGGCUGCCGCGCAUUCCAUGAAUGGAUGGGAGGGAGUCGACCGCGACGUCGGGGCCCAACUACUCGCCCUUCUAUGUGCAGCACCGGGGCAUGGGCCCGCCGGGGGGAGUCACCGGCAGCGGCCUCCACGGCCCGCCCGCCGCCGGGUACCGGCAGCAGCAGCAGCUUGAUGCCGUCUCGGGCGGGUACACGUUCCACCAGCCGCCCUUUGGGGCCCCCGCCCACAUUGGGCAGCAGGGGUACCACCAGAACCAUGUCGAGGCCUCGCAGCAGCAUAUGGCGCAGCAGCAGGGCGCUGGUGCCGGUGCCGGUGCCGGCGGCUCGCAGCAUAUGACGCAGCACAGCGUCAGCAGCGGUGGCGGGUUGCAGCAUAUGGCGCAGCAGCACAGCGCCGGCGGUGGUGGCUCGCAGCAUAUGGCGCAGCAGCACAGCGCCGGUGGUGGUGGCUCGCAGCAUAUGGCACAGCAGCACAGCGCCGGCGGUGGUGGCUCGCAGCAUAUGGCGCAGCACGGCGGUGGCGGUGGCUCACAGCAUAUGAUGCAGCACAAUGCUGGUGGCGGUGCCGACGGUGGCAUGGACAUUGGCAUGGGUGUUGUGGCCGUGAGCGGUGACGCUAAAGGGGAUCAGGGAGGCGAUGCUGGCCAGGAUGAGCAAGUGAAGAAAAAGCGCGGGAGGCCAAGGAAGUAUAAGCCCGACGGGUCGGUGACGCUGGGGCUCUCGCCAUCUCCGUCGACGCCUCAUUCGUCGAGCCCGGGAAUGGGCACAAUGGUUACCACACCUGGCUCAGGAUUUGGGCAGGGGACUGGGUCAGGGGGCUCUGGUUCAGGCGCACUGACGGAGAAACGUGGCAGAGGGCGGCCACCCGGGUCCGGGAAGAUGCAGCAGCUGGCUUCGCUUGGAAAAUGGUUUCUUGGCUCUGUUGGAACAGGUUUUACUCCUCACGUGAUUAUUAUUUCAGCUGGAGAGGAUGUUGCUGCCAGAAUAAUGUCCUUCUCACAACAAGGCCCAAGAGCUAUUUGCAUCAUCUCAGCAACAGGGGCUGUCUCCACGGCAACCCUUCAUCAGGAUUCAGACUCCGGUGUGGUGACAUAUGAGGGUCGAUUUGAAAUCCUGUGUCUUUCUGGAUCAUAUUUGGUGCUAGAAGAAGGCGGCACCCGCACUAGAAGUGGAGGCCUUUGCAUAGCUUUGUGUGGCCCUGACCACAGGGUUAUUGGUGGGACCGUUAGUGGAGUCCUGACAGCAGCUGGAACUGUUCAGGUGAUAGUGGGUAGCUUUAUGUAUGGCGGCGGGACAAAGAAGAACAAAGGCAAAGCAGAUCAAGAUGUCGAGAACGAAGAGCAGAACGGCGGCGAAGACACCCCCGCGCUGGCGCUGCCGGAGCACCCGCACAACAUGCCGCCCCACCCGAUGAGCGGAUGGCCACCCGGCCUGAUGAACCAGAUGGACCCGAGAUCGUCUCCCAUGUACGGCGGCGGGUCAAACAAAAACAAGACCAAAGCGGAGCAAGACAUGGAGGACGAGGAGCGCAACAGCGGUGGUGGCGGCGGUGGUGAAGAGCCCCUCGCGAUGGCGCAUCCCGAGCACAACAUGAACAUGCCGCCGCCCCAGAUGAGCGGGUGGCAGCCUGGCCUGAUGCGGCAGAUGGACCCGCGGUCCUCCAGCAUCGACAUCAACUCGAUUCGCGAGUAGGUCUGUCGUCUCUCUCCGGAGAGACACCGCUCCUCAGACCCCGGAUCAGAUGAGAUGAGAUGAGAUCGUCACUUUUAGCAACCACGCAGCAAGCAUCAUGUACCAGGCCUGUUGUAGAUUGCGGUGUUGUUGGAGAUUGCUGCUGCUACUGCUGUGCCUGUCGUCUUCGUCUUAGGAACGAAACGGAACCCUACCCUGCAUAUCGAUUGAUCAUAUUAUUGGUCAAAUUGUACUGCGAUGUUGUAUUAGAGAAGAGAUGAAGAUGGAUCCUUAUUACCUACCUAGUAGUAUACAGGAAGAGAAUGGAGGAAAACCUGGGUAUUCUAGUUGAUGGAAUAAUGUUGGGAAUGUGCACCAAAA